CGAGGCCGCGGCGCGUCCCCGCCAUGGCCGCUCGGGCCCCCCGCUUCCCUCCGGCCCCUCCCGCCGCCCGCCGCUCCCCGCCGAUCCCCGCCGCCCUCCUGCCCGUCCUGCUCCUGCUCGUGGCCGGCCCGCUCGGCGGGGCCCGCGCUUUGACAUGUCUGUGCUCUGACUGCAAACAAGCCAACUCCACGUGUGAGACGGACGGGGCCUGCAUGGUCUCGGUCUUCAACCUGGAUGGGGUCAAACACCACGUUCGGACCUGCAUUCCUGAGGCAAAAUUGAUUCCUGCUGGGAAACCCUUCUAUUGUCUGAGUUCAGAGGAUCUGCGUAAUACUCACUGCUGCUACUCCGAUUUUUGCAACAAAAUUGAUUUAAUGGUUCCCAGUGGACACCUGAAGGACAACGAGCCCCCGUCGAGCUGGGGUCCGGUGGAGCUGGUGGCCGUGAUUGCCGGGCCCGUGUUCCUCGUGUUUGUUGUCAUGAUCAUCGUGGUCUUCGUGUUCCACCACCACCAACGGGUCUAUCACAACCGCCAGAGGCUGGACAUGGAAGAUCCUUCUUGUGAAAUGUGCCUUUCAAAGGACAAGACCUUGCAAGAUCUGGUCUAUGAUCUCUCCACCUCCGGCUCUGGCUCAGGCCUGCCUCUGUUUGUCCAGCGCACGGUGGCUCGCACCAUUGUCCUCCAGGAGAUCAUUGGCAAAGGCCGCUUUGGGGAGGUGUGGCGGGGCAGGUGGCGUGGUGGGGACGUGGCUGUGAAGAUUUUCUCAUCACGUGAGGAGCGCUCCUGGUUCAGGGAGGCAGAGAUUUACCAAACUGUGAUGCUGAGGCACGAGAACAUCCUGGGAUUCAUUGCUGCAGAUAACAAAGAUAAUGGGACAUGGACUCAGCUGUGGCUGGUCUCUGACUACCACGAGCACGGCUCCCUCUUUGAUUACCUGAACCGCUACACGGUGACCAUCGAGGGCAUGAUCAAGCUGGCCCUGUCUGCUGCCAGUGGGCUGGCCCACCUGCACAUGGAGAUCGUGGGCACUCAGGGAAAACCUGGGAUUGCUCACAGAGACCUGAAAUCCAAGAACAUUUUGGUGAAGAAAAAUGGCACCUGUGCCAUCGCUGACCUCGGCCUGGCCGUCCGGCACGACUCCGUCACCGACACCAUCGACAUCGCCCCGAACCAAAGGGUUGGAACCAAACGAUACAUGGCCCCAGAAGUCUUGGAUGAAACCAUCAACAUGAAACAUUUUGAUUCAUUUAAAUGUGCUGAUAUCUACGCCUUGGGCUUGGUCUACUGGGAGAUUGCCCGAAGGUGCAAUGCAGGAGGUAUCCAUGAGGAGUAUCAGCUUCCCUACUAUGACCUUGUACCCUCUGAUCCUUCCAUUGAGGAGAUGAGGAAGGUUGUGUGUGACCAGAAAUUACGGCCAAACAUCCCAAACUGGUGGCAGAGCUAUGAGGCACUACGGGUGAUGGGCAAGAUGAUGCGAGAGUGCUGGUACGCCAACGGAGCGGCUCGGCUCACUGCCCUCCGCAUCAAGAAAACCCUCUCCCAGCUCAGUGUCCAGGAAGAUGUGAAAAUUUAGGCUCUGAGCCUCAACAGGAGCAAAUUGCACAGGAGCUGCUGUGCUAGAGUAGACAUGUGAUGGAGGCCUACCUCGUGUUUCAGCCCAACCUACUGCUACAACCAGACAGCGGGACCUGCAGGCUGCUAGGCAGGGGGACGGAGCCUACGGAACCGCUCUCUUCCCUGCUUGGGUAUGAAACAAUAUCCAAAACCUUUUGUGAUCACCUCCUGAGAGCGUGGAGACUUGAGAGGGACUUCACCUGAGGGAUCUCAGCCAUGAUCCUAACUCUUUGUUCCUUUAAAGGAAAUCCCUGUAAAGUUCAGUGUGCGUUGAGCACCCGUUGGUGGGGUCGGAGCCGGCCCCGGCUGCUCGGGGAAGGGGAAGGGAAGGGAAGGUUUUUCUUGCCGUACUCACGAGGAUUUUUCCAGGGACUGGCACGUUCAUGCAGAAAAAGCAAAACAAAUGGUGCUCUCUUCCAAGAGGCUGAGCCAGAACAGUUGAUCAGCUUCACAACAGCCGUUCUCUCCCUCCUUUUCUUAAGCUUGAAAAAGUCCAGCUCGGCGCCCUGACGGCCGUCGGGGCCGCCCCGGCGUGUGCAUGCGCGAGGCGCGCGUGUCCCUGUGCCUCCGUGCCUGGUCAUCUCCUCCGUAGCCGUGCGCUGUCUCUGCCUGUGGGUGCCUCAUCUCUGUCCGUGCUUCCUGUGCAUGUGCAACUCUCGAGUGUCCCCUUUGUGAGCUGUUUGCUGGUGCUCUCCGUGCUGAGUCGUGAGCCUCGUGGAGCUUGGACAGGCGGCUGCAGAGCGGAUCCCCGGCUCCCCGAUGGGCGCCGCCACCACGGCCCAUCCGGUUGCCUCACUGCCACCCCUUCCCUUUUUUUUAAGAUGAAACAAAUAAGGAACUGAGAAUCACUCCUGGAAUCCAGGGUUUUUUUUGUCUUGAGCCCCUGGGGUUGUGUGAGGUGGAGCAGGCGCUGUGGGGAAGUGCAGGACUCAGUUCCCAACUUCACCAUCCAGGCAGAUUCUGUGGCCAGCAGGAGCAGGGGGAUCAUUGUGCCCCUGUACUUGGCACUGGUGAGGCUGCACCUUUCCCUUUUUUUAAGAUGAAACAAAUAAGGAACUGAGAAUCACUCCUGGAAUCCAGGGUUUUUUUGUCUUGAGCCCCUGGGGUUGUGUGAGGUGGAGCAGGUGCCAUGGGGGAGUGCAGGACUCAGUUCCCAACUCCAACACCCAGGCAGAUUUCUGGGGGCCUGGUGAUGCAGCAGGACAGGCUGGGGACAGAGUGGCCUGGCUGAACAUCUGAACAUGAGCCAGCAGCGUGCCCAGGUGGCCAAGCCCAAUAGCUCCUGGCCUGGAUCAGGAAUGGUGUGGCCAGCAGGAGCAGGGGGAUCAUUCUUCUCUGUACUUGACACUGCUGAGGCUGCACCUUUCCCUUUUUUUAAGAUGAAACAAAUAAGGAACUGAGAAUCACUCCUGGAAUCCAGGGGUUUUUUGUCUUGAGCCCCUGGGGUUGUGUGAGGUGGAGCAGGCGCUGUGGGGGAGUGCAGGACUCAGUUCCCAACUCCAGCAUCCAGGCAGAUUUCUGGGGGCCUGGUGAUGCAGCAGGACAGAGUGGCUGCACAGUGGCCUGGCUGAACAUGAGCCAGCAGCGUGCCCAGGUGGCCAAGCCCAAUAGCUCCUGGCCUGGAUCAGGAAUGGUGUGGCCAGCAGGAGCAGGGGGAUCAUUCUUCUCUGUACUUGACACUGGUGAGGCUGCACCUUUCCCUUUUUUUAAGAUGAAACAAGUAAGGAACUGAGAAUCACUCCUGGAAUCCAGGUGUUUCUUUUUUUUGUCUGGAGCCCCUGGGGUUUGUAAUUCUUGAUAGAGGGGAUUGAGUUGUGUCAGAGGUGGAGCAGGUGCCAUGGGGGAGUGCAGGACUCAGUUCCCAACUCCAACACCCAGGCAGAUUUCUGGGGGCCUGGUGAUGCAGCAGGACAGGCUGGGAACAGAGAGGCCUGGCUGAACAUGGGCCAGCAGCGUGCCCAGGUGGCCAAGAAAGCCAAUGGCUCCUGGCCUGGAUCAGGAAUUUUGUGGCCAGCAGGAGCAGGGGGAUCAUUCUUCUCUGUACUUGACCCUGGUGAGGCUGCACCUCGAGUUCUGUGUCCAGCUCUGGCCCCUCAGUUUGGGAAGGAGGCAAAGAGGCUGGAGAGGGGCUGGGAACACAAACCCUGUGAGGAGCCCUGAGGGAGCUGGGGGUGCUCAGAUGGAGAAAAGGAGGCUCAGGGGUGAUUUUAUCCCUCUCUACAACUUCCUGAAAGGUGGCUGUGCUCAGGUAGGGGUUGGGCUCUGCCCCCAGGCAACACUGACAGAAGAGAGCACAGCCUUAAGCUGCCCAUGGGGAAGUUUAGGUUGGACAUCAGAAAGAAAUUCUUCACUGAAAGAGUGAGUAGGUGCUGGAAUCAUCUGCCCAGGGAGGUGCAGGAGUCACUGAACAUCUUUAAAAAAUCACUGGGCAUGGUUCAGCUGAUGAGGAGGUGUUGGGUUAGGUCAUAGGUUGCCCUUGAUGAUCUCAAAGGUCUUUUCCAGCCUGGCUCAUUCUGUGAUCUCAGUUCUGGGGGUCCUCCCAGAGGGGCUGGGCAGGAUCUGACAGCAGGUUGGGAAUCAACAUCCAUCUUUUUAAUCUAGGUGUAUAAAUAUCUCCUAAUGUGGAAGUGGCUGUGUCUCAGUGUGGGGUGGGGGGAUCUGCAUGGGUUUUCUUUUGAUUCAAGGCCGAAUCCAGGUGAGGGAGAGGUGGGGUGACUACAGAGACUCUGGAAGUGAGGGCUGUGGCUGCCCUGAUGGCUUUGGCAGUCAGGAAGAUCUGUGCUGUGGAGGUCAGGUCAGUGUCUGCAGUAGAGAACUCUGAAGCCAUAACUUUUAACUGGAGUGGUUUUGAUUAUUAUUUUUUUAAUUAUUAUUGUUGUUAUUAUUAUUAUUAUUAUUAUUGCUGUUGUUGUUGUUUUCUGGGAGGGUCUGGAUUUUAACUUUUUUGAAUAUUGGUAAUUCUUUCUAAGAGCAGAAAAACAAUCUCUAAUUAUUACCUCUUGACCUGUUGGUUUGUAAAGAAAUCACUGCAAAAAAAAAAAAAAAAAAAAAAGGAAAAAAAAACCAAAAUGCACAGCUCGAUUUACACUGGAACUGUUUCUACUCUGACCUUGCUCCUGCUCUCAAAGGUGAGGUUUCAUCUCUGCUCUGGCUGCCAGGGUUGUCUUUAUUUCAGUCCCUCUGUUCUUGCUGUCUGUGUCCCUGUCCGUGUGUCCCUCUCCCCGAUUCCCUGUGUGUCCAUGACCUUGUACAAAGUGAGGAGUGUGGGUUGUGUGGGUUUGGAAGCAUUUUAGGAGCUGUUUUGCACCCCCAAAGGAGAUUUUGGCAGCGUGGAUCUGCCCUGGGAGCAGGGCUGGGGGUCCCCUGUCCCCUCCCAGCUUGUCCUGAGUCACAUCUCAGCCAGAGCUUCCCAUGCACAUCCCUUAAACCUGCAUUGAGCAGCCAAGGGGGGCAUUGCAAGCCCUAAAUGUCAGUUUAACCCAGCUAAACCUGGACUAAGAAGCUGAGGGGGGCACUAAAUGGCAGUUUACCCCGGUUAAACCUGGACUUAAAAGCCAAGGGGGGCACUUGCAAGCCCUAAAUGUUGGUUUAACCCAGUUAAACCUGGACUUAAAAGCCAAGGGGGAUGCUUGCAAGCCCUCAGUGCAGGUUUAGCCCAGUUAAGCCUGGACUUAGAAGCUGAGAGGAGCACCUAAAUGUCAGUUUAACCCAGUUAAACCUGGACUAAGAAGCUGAGGGGGGCACUAAAUGUCAGUUUAACCCAGUUAAACCCGCACUUGGAAGCCCUCAAUGCAGAUUUAGCCCAGUUAAACCUGGACUUGGAGGAAGCCCUAAAUGUCAGUUUACCCCGGUUAAACCUGGACUUGGAAGCCCUCAAUGCAGGUUUAGCCCAAUUAAACCUGGACUUGCAAGCCCUCAGUGCAGGUUUAGCCCAGUUAAACCUGGACUUGGAGGAAGCCCUAAAUGUCAGUUUAGCCCAGUUAAACCUGGACUUAGAAGCCAAGGGGGAUCUUGCAAGCCCUCAAUGCAGGUUUAGCCCAGUUAAACCUGGACUUGGAAGCCGAGGGGGUCACUUGCAAUCCCUCAAUGCAGGUUUAGCUCAGUUAAACCCGCACUUGGAAGCCCUCAAUGUCAGUUUAGCCCAGUUAAACCUGGACUUGGAAGCCAAGGGGGUCACUUGCAAGCCCUCAAUGCAGGUUUAGCCAUUAAACCUGGAUUUGGAAGCCCUCAAUGCAGGUUUAGCCCAGUUAAACCCGCACUUGCAAGCCCUCAAUGUCAGUUUACCCCAGCUAAACCUGGACUUAGGAGCCGAGGGGGCCCUGAGGACUCCCAGGCCGGUGGAACAGCCCGAGGAUGGCGGCUGGGGCGGGCAGGAGGGGCCAGGCCCAGCUCAGGCUCCCCCUGGCGCUCCCAUCCCGCUGCCCACAGCUCUGCACUCGCACUGCACUCGCCCCCUCCAACUGUAGCCACACUGCACCUGCCUCAGCUCCGAACCAAGCCGGGCUCAGGAACAGAUCAGGCGAGGAGGGCAAGGCCCCUUCCCGCAGGAUUUUAGGGGAAAUCUUCAGCAGAGAUGGGGAAAAGCCAGCGGGAAGGAGCUAACGCUGACCAUGUAGCAUUUCCACAGCACUUUGUUCAUGCAUCGUCGGUGCCCGGGGGCGCCAGUGCUCGCCGAGCUGUCGGAGCACAGGGAGGGGGAAUCGCUGCCAAGCCUCCAAAACCUUGCAGCAGCUCUGGGGGGAAAAAAAAAAGGAGCAAAAAGUGCAUUCCAGGCAGUUCCAUGCAGGAUAAGGACGGGGGGGUCCAUCAGCGGUACGUGGCUGCAGGACAGAACUCUUGGUACUUCUCUGCCCCUUUUUUGAUUUGUUUGGUUUUGUACAUUUUUCUUAGCAAAGGACUGUAUGAAAAUAGCCACUUAGCCACUUUACCUCUUCAGUAUGCAAAUGUACAUACGGUGUAAGAUAGGAAAUCUUUUGUUUAAUAUAAAAAACCAGGCUGUUGAUUUCUGCUGUACAUUAUUAAAAGUUUGUUUUAUUCA